AGUCGUUUGUUCCCUAUACGAAAGCAACUAAAUUUUAUAUUUUAAGUUUUACUUCUUUCCCCCACACAAAACUCACAACUAUGAACUCCUUCUCUGUGUGCUUGGUGUUUGCAUUGGCAGCUCUGGCUGCUGCAGAGCCUCCAUCUGGUUACAAUUACCAACGUAAUGGUGGUGGUGGUGGUGGCGGUUUCAUUGGCGGUGGUGGUUUUGGUGGCAGCUCUUUCGGUGGUGGCGGCGGUUAUCAAGCCGUUAGCGGUGGUUUCCAAACAUCCGAAGGCCAAAAUGUUGAUCCACAAUUAUUGGAACAAGUACGUCAAAUUCUUUUGAAUGAAGAAAGCAAAUCUGGCGGCGGUGGUGGUGGUGGUUUCGGUGGUUCAUACUCUGCACCAUCAUCUCAAUAUGGACCACCAUCAACACAAUAUGGUGCACCAAAUGUUGGUGGUGGCCGUGUUGUUGGUAUCGAUCUUGAAGGUGUACGUCAAGCCAUUCAAGUUGCGCAAUUCGCACAGCAAAGUACGCAAGCUGGCGGUGGAUUCGGUGGUUAUCCCAGCGCGCCUUCCGGCUCAUAUGGUGCACCGUCAAGACCUAGCAGCAGCUAUGGCGCACCAUUCUAAACUGUUUUAAACAAUUAGAAUUAAAAACAUUUUUUAGACAAAAUAUUUAACAAAAAUUAACAAGAAAUUGUUAUUAAAUUUGUGCUGCCAAAAAAAUGUAAGUCGACAUCAAACUAAAAAUCAUAAAUCGCGCGCCAACUCCAAUUGCCUUUAUGAAUGGAUAAUAAUGUUAAGUAAUACCAACAACAACAACAACAACAACAACAACAAACGUAACAUCAACAUCAACAUCAGACAACAACAAAUACAAAACAUCAUAAAAAUGCAUAUACUUAAUGCACAUGAAGAGUGUUCUUAAAGUUAAUGAGUUUGAAAUAGCUUUGUGACAUUUUCACUCAAUUUAUAAGCGCUAUAAAACUCAUAGUGAGCACAAUUCGCCGCUCAAUUGAAAAUUCGUGCUUAAAAUGUUGUUGAUAGUGAAAUGUUUGCAAAUAAUUAUGUUAUUUUAAUUUGUUUUUAUUUUCAUUUUUCAAUUUCACAUUUUCAACCAUUACGUAUCCAUUCUAUAUUUCAUUUAAGUUCGUCGAUCAAUUGAGUUGUGCUCAGAACCGCUUAUUUUCUUCAUUUAUUUGAGCACAAUCUUAUUUGACUGACAUUGACCUACCUCCCUACCAUUUUCCGUUUAUUCACAAACACACAAACAUUCUCACUCAUGCACUCUCACUCACACUUCAUGAGAAUGUUUAUUGUAAAUAGUUUGUUCUUUAUUUUUAAAAUAACGACAUAACGCAUCGUUUUAGUUAUUAAGUGUUUUUAUUAUUAUUGUAUAUGAAACAAACAAAGAAACAACAAAAAAAAUUAUGAAAAAACAAUAAAAAAAUAGAAAAUUUU